UGAGACAUCAAACUGAAGCAUCUGAAAUAAGACACGGCCAGAGCACUGAGAGAUAUCAGGUAUUGAUGUAACUGGAGUGAAUAAAGGAACCUUCUUCCUGAGCACAGACAUUGGAGCCUGUUAUCAGCAUGAACUCAUAUGUGUUAGACAAACACGUCAGUAGUUCAUCUCCAUCCUUCACUACAGGAAGCCUCAGUUUGAUACCACAGACUCCAAAAGUCUUAGACACCAAUGACUACUCACAAACAUUGGGGAUAUCACAGCAGAUAUUGAAAGGAGAUGGUGAAUUUGCAGGAACUGGGCAGCAAUUAUUAUGUACAGAGAGUAAUUUAGUCAUCAAACAAGAAGACAAGAUUUAUGCCUUAUCUAGUGAAAUUAUUAUCCCCGAGGAAAAACCACACAUGUUUACUGAGUUUUCAAAACAUAUUAAAGAAGGGAAAAGUCUACAGUCUAGCCAAAUAAUUCAUACAAAGGAGCAACCAUUCAAAUCUACAGAAUGUGAGAAAAGCUUUAGAUGGCAGUCUCAUCUACUAGAACACCACAAAAUUCACACAGGUGAGAAACCACAUACAUGUACCGAGUGUGACAAAUGUUUUACGCUAAUGAAUCAUCUGAAAACUCAUAAAAAGAUUCACACAGGAGAAAAGCCUUUCACAUGUACAGAGUGUGGAAAACGUUUUACACAAAAGGGUAAUCUGAAAACUCAUGAAAGGAUUCACACAGGAGAAAAGCCUUUUAAAUGUACAGAGUGUGGAAAAAGUUUUACAGAAAAGAGUGAUCUGAAAAAGCAUGAAAGGAUUCACACAGGAGAAAAGCCUUUCACAUGUACAGAGUGUGGAAAAAGUUUUGCACAAAUAAGUAGUCUGAAAUGUCAUGAAAGGAGUCACACAGGGGAAAAGCCUUUCACAUGUACAGAGUGUGGAAAAGGAUUUACAAAAAAGAGAAAUCUGAAAAAGCAUGAAUGGAUUCACACAGGGGCAAUGCCUUUCACAUGUACAGAGUGUGGAAAAAGUUUUACAGAAAUGAGUAAUCUGAAAACUCAUGAAAGGAGUCACACAGGGGAAGAUCUGUUCACAUGUACAGAGUGUGGAAAAAGUUUUACAGAAAUUAGUCAAAUGAAAAUUCACCAAAGGAUUCACACAGGAGAAAAUCCUUACACAUGUAAGGAGUGUGGAAAAAGUUUUACACGAAUGGAUUGUCUGAAAUGUCAUGAAAGGAGUCACACAGGAGAAAAGCCUUUCACAUGUACAGAGUGUGGAAAAAGUUUUACACAAAAGAGUGAUCUGAAAAAGCAUGAAAGGAUUCACACAGGGGAAAAGCCAUUCACAUGUACAGAGUGUGGAAAAAGUUUUGCACAAAAGAGUAAUCUGAAAACUCAUGAAAGGAGUCAUACAGGGAGAAAGCCUUUCACAUGUACAGAGUGUGGAAAAGGUUUUACAAAAAAGAGAAAUCUGAAAAAGCAUGAAUGGAUUCACACAGGGGAAAUGCCUUUCACAUGUACAGAGUGUGGAAAAAGUUUUACAGAAAUGAGUAAUCUGAAAACUCAUGAAAGGAUUCACACAGGAGAAACACCUUUCACAUGUACAGAGUGUGGAAAAAGUUUUACACAAAAGAGUGAUCUGAAAAAGCAUGAAAGGAGUCACACAGGUGAAGAGCUGUUCACAUGUACAGAGUGUGGAAAACGUUUUACAGAAAAGAGUAAUCUAAAAACUCAUGAAAGGAUUCACACAGGAGAAAAGCCUUUCACAUGUACAGAGUGUGGAAAAAGUUUUACACGAAUGGAUUGUCUGAAAACCCAUGAAAUGAUUCACACAGGAGAAAAGCUUUUCACAUGUAGAGAGUGUGGAAAACGUUUUACAAAAAAGAGUAAUCUAAAAACUCAUGAAAAGGUUCACAAGGGAAGGAUGGCCUCAAAGAGACUUAACAAACAGAUUAAACUACUGAAAAGCCAAACACAGUCUCCAGUAUCAGUAAGUAACUAUUUAAAACCUCAAGAUAAUUCACAAAGGGAGAUGGACACUAAUGCAAUGGAGUCGCAGAUCAAUCCUUCAGCGGUGUCAAUCUCUAAGGAAUAUGCGGAUCAGUUAAAAAUGGAUAUCUCUAACUUGCCUACCAAGGCAGACUUGGUAAUAAUACAGAGUGGAUUAUCUACCAUGAAACAAGAUAUAAAGGAGAUAGGGAAUAGGAUAGAGUAUAUAGAAGAUGCUCAAGAUACCACAGAAAAAAUAGUGGACUCAUUAUCAACCCACACCAUGGAGCAAGAAGCUUACAUGGAAGCUAUGGAUGAUAAGCUAGAAGACCUUGAUAACAGGGGCCGCAGAAAUAAUCUGAGGGUAAGAAGAGUGCCAGAAACCAUUUCUCCAGCAGAAAUUCCUGAAUAUUUACAAGGGUUUUUCAAGCAUCUGCAGAACAAUCAGCAAGCGCCAGACAUGGAACUGGACAGUGCGCACAGAGCCCUACGGCCCCCUCCACCACCAAAUGCUCCUCCAAGAGAUAUCAUUUUACAUUUCUUAAGGUUCUCAGACAAGGAGAAGAUUUGGCUACAGGCGAGACAGCUUAGACAGAUUUCUUAUCUAGACCACCAUCUCCAAAUAUUCUUAGACCUCAGCCCAAUAACGGUGCAGAAAACAAAGGAGGUUUGCUUCAUAACCAAAGUUCUGCAGGGAAAGAAUGCCAAUGUGAGGGAGAGGACCUCUCAAGCUUUGGAACUGCCUUCCUGCGAGGCAGUGUUUGAGCCCCCUCUGCUCACCUCUGCUCAAGUCAGGGUCAAUAACAUCCUCUCCAAUCCAUUCAACAUAAUGAACGGCACCAGGCAGGGUUGCCCCCUGUCGCCGCUAUUAUUUGCCCUGGUUAUGGAGGCUCUGGCCCAGAGAAUUAGAGUUAACAAGAAAAUUAAGGGUAUCCGGAUUGGGGACCAGAAACACAAGUUGUCCAUGUACGCAGACAAUGUCCUGCUCUCCCUGACAGACCCCAUUACGUCACUCUCUGAGGCUUUGAAAGAAUUCGAGAUAUACGACAAACACGUCAGUAGUUCAUCUCCAUCCUUCACUACAGGAAGCCACAGUUUGAUACCACAGACUCCAAAAGUCUUAGACACCGAUGACUACUCACAAACAUUGGGGAUAUCACAGCAGAUAUUGAAAGGAGAUGGUGAAUUUGCAGGAACUGGGCAGAGCAACCAUUCAAAUCUACAAAAUGUGAGAAAAGCUUUAGAUGGCACUCAUCUACUAGAACACCAAAAAAUUCACACUGGUGAGAAACCACACACAUGUACCGAGUGCGACAAAUGUUUUACACUAAUGAGUCAUCUGAAAACUCAUAAAAAGAUUCACACAGGAGAAAAGCCUUUCACAUGUACAGAGUGUGGAAAAAGUUUUGCACAAAAGGGUAAUCUGAAAACUCAUGAAAGGAUUCACACAGGAGAAAAGCCUUUUAAAUGUACAGAGUGUGAAGAAAGUUUUACAGAAAAGAGGAAUCUGAAAAUUCAUGAAAUGAAUCACACAGGAGAAAAGCCUUUUAAAUGUACACAGUGUGGAAAAAGUUUUACACAAAAGUGUAAUCUGAAAAAGCAUGAAUGGAUUCACACAGGGGAAAUGCCUUUCACGUGUACAGAGUGUGGAAAAAGUUUUACAGAAAUGAGUAAUCUGAAAACUCAUGAAAGGAGUCACACAGGGGAAGAUCUGUUCACAUGUACAGAGUGUGGAAAAAGUUUUACAGAAAUGAGUCAAAUGAAAACUCACGAAAGGAUUCACACAGGAGAAAAUCCUUACACAUGUACAGAGUGUGGAAAACGUUUUACACGAAUGGAUUGUCUGAAAUGUCAUGAACGGAGUCACACAGGAGAAAAGCCUUUCACAUGUACAGAGUGUGAAAAAAGUUUUACACAAAAGAGUGAUCUGAAAAAGCAUGAAAAGAUUCACACAGGGGAAAAGACAUUCACAUGUACAGAGUGUGGAAAAAGUUUUGCACAAAAGAGUAAUCUGAAAACUCAUGAAAUGAUUCACACAGGGAGAAAGCCUUUCACAUGUACAGAGUGUGGAAAAGGUUUUACAAGAAAGAGAAAUCUGAAAAAGCAUGAAAGGAUUCACACAGGGGAAAUGCCUUUCACAUGUACAGAGUGUGGAAAAAGUUUUACAGAAAUGAGUAAUCUGAAAACUCAUGAAAGUAUUCACACAGGAGAAAAACCUUUCACAUGUACAGCGUGUGGAAAAUGUUUUACACAAAAAAUUGAUCUGAAAAAGCAUGAAAGGAGUCACACAGGUAAAGAGCUGUUCACAUGUACAGAGUGUGGAAAACGUUUUACAGAAAAAAGUAGUCUGAAAACUCAUGAAAGGAUUCACACAGGAGAAAAGCCGUUCACAUGUACAGAGUGUGGAAAAAGUUUUACACAAAUGAAUAAUCUGAAAACCCAUGAAAGGAUUCACACAGGAGAAAAGCCUUUCACAUGUACAGAGUGUGGAAAACGUUUUACAGAAAAGAGUAAUCUAAAAAUCCAUGAAAUGAUUCACACAGGAGAAAAGCUUUUCACAUGUAGAGAGUGUGGAAAAGGUUUUACAAAAAAGAGUAAUCUGAAAACUCAUGAAAAGUUUCACAAGGGAAGAAACCUUUAACAUGUUUAGAAAGUAUAGUUGCUACCUUUUGCACAGCCGAUUAUCUGACACUUUGCAAAUGACCCUAAAUGGACCUUCCAGCCAAAUUUGGAAUCCAUGUGUAUGCAUUUCAGUUUUGAGUAGAAGCAUUUUUGUAAUAUACAUGUAUUAGAAAAAAACAUAAUUUAUGUAAGAACUUACCUGAUAAAUUAAUUUCUUUCAUAUUGGCAAGAGUCCAUGAGCUAGUGACGUAUGGGAUAUACAAUCCUACCAGGAGGGGCAAAGUUUCCCAAACCUCAAAAUGCCUAUAAAUACACCCCUCACCACACCCACAAUUCAGUUUAAUGAAUAGCCAAGAAGUGGGGUGAUAAAGAAAGGAGUAAAAAGCAUCAACAAAGGAAUUUGGAAAUAAUUGUGCUUUAUACAAAAAAAGCAUAACCACCAUAAAAAGGGUGGGCCUCAUGGACUCUUGCCAAUAUGAAAGAAAUUAAUUUAUCAGGUAAGUUCUUACAUAAAUUAUGUUUUCUUUCAUGUAAUUGGCAAGAGUCCAUGAGCUAGUGAUGUAUGGGAUAGCAAUACCCAAGAAGUGGAACUCCAUGCAAGAGUCACUAGAGAGGGAGGGAUAAAAUAAAAACAGCCAUUUUCCGCUGAAAAAAAUUAAUCCACAACCCAAAAUAUAAGUUUAUUCUCAUAAAUGAAAAGAAAAACUUAAAACAUAAGCAGAAGAAUCAAACUGAAACAGCUGCCUGAAGAACUUUUCUACCACUACUUUUCUGAAGAAGCAAAUACAUCAAAACAGUAGAAUUUAGUAAAUGUAUGCAAAGGAGACCAAGUUGCUGCUUUGCAAAUCUGAUCAACUGAAGCUUCAUUCUUAAAAGCCCAUGAAGUGGAGACUGAUCUAGUAGAAUGAGCUGUAAUUCUCUGAGGCUUGACCCAACUCCAAAUAAGCUUGAUGAAUCAAAAGCUUUAACCACGAAGCCAAGGAAACAGCAGAAGCCUUCUGACCUUUCCUAGAACCAGGAAAGAUAACAAAUAGACUAGAAGUCUAUUUGCAUUCAAGUCCAUUGCAUUCAAUAGGUGAUACUCCCUUCAAAUCCUUCUGACAUUCACUGUACUCUGAGAGGAACCGGGCUUCAAAAUGCUGAGAAGCGCAUAUCAACUUAGAAAUCUUAGCACAAGCUUACUUCACCACCUCCAUAGGAGGCAAAGUUUGUAAAACUGAAUUGUGGGUGUGGUGAGGGGUGUAUUUAUAGGCAUUUUGAGGUUUGGGAAACUUUGCCCCUCCUGGUAGGAUUGUAUAUCCCAUACGUCACUAGCUCAUGGACUCUUGCCAAUUACAUGAAAGAAAUGCUCCUAAUAAAAGUUAUAGUUGUUUCAAAAGUGUAUUUAAGUAUGCACCAUGCACCAGCAUUUUAAACACGGCACUUGCUCAGAGAGCCUAAGUUGCUUUUACCAUCUGGUAAUGACUCAAUUUGUUCAUUGCUGAUAUGAUACAAGACCCACUGGUGCUAUGAGCAGCUGCAGUGUUUAAAAUGCUGGUACACUGAGAAUAUCUAGUUAUGCUUCACAUGCACGUGCAGAGAAAAAUAUUAUCACUAAAUUAGUGAUAACUUUUACUAGAAACAUUUUUGCCAAUGCAUGUUUAUUGCAAAUGUUUCUAUCCAAAGAUUUAAUUAAUCUGUGUAUUUAAAUUUUGACCGGAGUGUCUCUUUAAUAAAAUAUAUAUAUUACCAUU